GUUCCCUGAGGAUGCGAGAAUGGAAGGAGAAGCUGGAAAUAAUAUGAGAGCGGAUAACGACAUCGAAAGAAAUGGCAGACCAACGCCAGUGACGCAACCGACCGGAAAGACGCGACUGCCUGCUGAGGAUGCGUUGAUACCGAAAACAGGAGGCAGACGUACAAGACCGGCAACAGUUGGCUUACCCUCACACUCGACUUCACAGCACAAAAACUGGCCAACCGUAGGAAAUCCCUCCAAUGCACGACAAGUGCAACAACGAACAACACUGGCAGCUGGCGCUUAUUCAAGCAUGCUGCCUGGUGCGGGAUCCAGUGAGGGCACGAAACCUAGCGGGGUUACAAGGAGCACUCACGAAGCGCCAUCAGUAAGCCCGUCUGGAACAGGAGGCACCGAGCAUUCCAGGCCUGGCAAAGUCACAAAGAGCACUGCUUCAGUGCCAUCAGGAAGCAUGCCUAGCACGGAAUCCAGUGAGGGCACGAAACCAGGCGGGGUUACAAAGGGCACUCCAGGAUCGCCAUCAGGAAGCACGCUUGGAACAAGCGGGACGGAGCAUUCACGACCUGGCAAAGGCACGAAGCGUACACCAAAAGUACCACCGGAAGGCACGCCUGGAACAGGAAGCACCCACGCUCAGAUUCCCACCGAAUUUCCAUGGAGCACUCCUUCAGAGGGAACAGAAGGCACGCCCGGAACUGGAAGGACCCCUCAUAGGGGUACUGGCAAGGGCACGAAGAGUACACCAAAAGUGCCACCAGGAGGCACGCCUGGAACAGGAAGCACCGAUCAUCAGAUUGCUACCGAACCCGGAACAGAAUGCACCGAUAACACAAGACCUGGCAAGGUCACAGGGAGAACUCCGAAGGUGCCAGCAGGAAGCACGCCUGUCACACGUGGAACAGCCAUCUCAGAGGGUACAAGACCUGGCUCGCCUGCCACCGAAACUCCUUAUGAAACGAGCUCGAGAAGGCCAGGACCUAGAAGUACUCAACUUACAAGUGAAGAAACGCCAGAAACAGGAACCACUGAGGUUGGAGGCAGCGGAACGCCUGAAACGGAAAGCCCAGGACAAGCGACACCCGUAACGCCUGGAACGGGAAGCACUGAACAUUCAUUGCCUUCAGCACCAACAUCCCUGGCUCCACCAUCUGAAGGUCCUGGAACUGGAACCCCUGAAGGCUCAUCGCCAGGAGGACAAACGCCCGAGCACCCAGGCUCAAUAACGACAAAAGAGGGAAGCUCUGAAGGGCCAACAGAAAGCACGAAAGGAAGAACCCCACCGUCUGGACAAAUCACGGGCUCGCCAGAAGGAGGAAGCCCUGAAGGGCCAACAGAAAGCCCGCCGGAAACAGGAAGCCCCGCCAGAACGCGCUCAACGAAGGAAGGAAGAACCACACCGUGGGGACCAAUCUCGGGCCCGACAGAAGAAGGAAGCACUGAAGGGUCAACAGAAAGCCCGCCAAUAAGCGCCACAGGAGGCCGCUCGACGAAGAAAGGAAGAACGAGUCCAGCAGGACCAAGCGAAGGCACGGGCGGAGGAAGUACACCCGAGGGACCCAGCUCUGGCAUGCCAGGAACGACAUCCAGUGAGGCGCCAACUCCUGAAACGCCAGGCACAGGACCAAGUGAGAAGGGGUCUGUGACGCCAAGCGGCCCCCCAGGUCCCGGAACGGGGCAACAAUCUACAAUACCAGGCAGGUGGCCAGAAACUACAAAAGCAGGCGCGGAAACCGAACCAACAGGCUCUGGUGCUGGGCAACAAUCAACAAUACCAGGCAGGUGGCCAGAAACUACAGAAGCAGGCGCGGAAACCGAACCAACAGGCUCUGGUGCUGGGCAACAAUCAACAAUACCAGGCAGGUGGCCAGAAACUACAGAAGCAGGCGCGGAAACCGAACCAACAGGCUCUGGUGCUGGGCAACAAUCUACAAUACCAGGCAGGUGGCCAGAAACUACAGAAGCAGGCGCGGAAACCGAACCAACUGGCUCUGGUGCUGGGCAACAAUCUACAAUACCAGGCAGGGAAACCGAACCAACAGGCUCUGGUGCUGGGCAACAAUCUACAAUACCAGGCAGGUGGCCAGAAACUACAGAAGCAGGCGCGGAAACCGAACCAACUGGCUCUGGUGCUUGGCCACAAGCUACAAUACCAGGCAGGUGGCCAGAAACUACAGAAGCAGGCGCGGAAACCGAACCAACUGGCUCUGGUGCUUGGCCACAAUCUACAAUACCAGGCAGGGUGAGUUUCUCGGAAUGGAAUACAGCAUCUUUCAUCAUCUUGCAACAUUUGGAAAACUGGUAACUUAUCAUAAAAGAGACAAAAUUUAAGAAUAGGUAAAUGCGCUUCUUCAGUCUAAAAACACCAUUCCUUAACUUCCACCUUGUUGUCUUUCCUCGCAUUCAAGGAUUUAAACCAAUCAGGCCAGGCGCAGUAAACUUAUUCUUAUUCCACAAUCGCAGUUUAUGUCUCGUCUACCGUUAUUAAAGUGGUGCGUCCCAAUUACAAGAAAUGGAAGACUAUAACGUAAACCGGAAGAAUAAUGCUAGCUCUAUUGGUUUCUUCAUUCUAGUGGCCAGAAACUACAGAAGCAGGCGCGGUAAGUUCCACAAAAUGAAAUUUAGUGCUUGUUCCAGCAUUUGUCACCGUGGAUAUACUAGUUUAGAUUGAGGUUCAAAAGUUAAUUCAAGGAUUACUGUUUUGUCCUUCGGAAUAAAACUCCAAUAUCUAUUGUCCGCUCUUAUUUAUUUCUGUAUGAACUGGAAACCAAACCAACUGGCUCUGGUGCUGUAAGUUUGGCUUCAG